AUGCCUAAAAAGAAGCGAGAACAGACUCUCCCAGGGGACAAACGCCCCUCUCCAAUAGUGAAGGAAAGGGAUCCCGAAAAGAAGCAGCCCCGAAGUCCCCCCCAACAUCGUCACCGCCACCGGAGAAGGCAUUCCCCAUCUCCCGUACACAGCGACGAAGAUGAUUUUUGUAGCCCCCUGUCCAAAGAGAUCAGAAGAGUUUGUCUCCCUAGAGGAAUGGAGAAACCUUCGGCGCUGGAUUCCUAUGAUGGGACCACCGAUCCAGACGAACACAUAGCCGUCAUGGAAUACCAUGUAGUGCGAGGGUCCAUCAAAUGCCGCAUCUUCUCGAUGACUCUCACAAAAGGCACCAUGACAUGGUACCGGAACCUUUCGGCCAACUCCAUCCACUCAUGGGCGGAGCUGAAGAGUCUAUUUUACAACCACUUUAGAGCCUCCCGACGACAUCUCAAAUUUGAAGCCUCCCUGGAGGCCAUAGUCCAGGGAGCCGAUGAACCCCUUCGAGCAUACCUUGACAAGUUCAACCGGGAAGCCAUCCAGGUCAAGAUGACCGACCAGAUGAAGAGGUACCUCCUCGAUCGAGGGCUGAAUCUCGACACCGAUUUCAAGAAAGCUAUCGGGAUCGAAAAAGUUCACUCCAUAGACGCCCUCCUCCUUAAAGCUCAAACCUUCAUCGCUUACAAGGAGAAAGAAGCAGCAACCAAAAGAGGGCUGAAGAGCCAAGACACUCCUCGUAGCUCAGGAUAUGACAAUCCUCCUCGUCGAGGGGGAGAAAAAAUAAAGGACGACAGGUCUUGGGAAGUAAAAGACCAAAGAGGACCCUCUGGUCGCUUCACCGAGUACACGCCACUGAACGCUUCCCACUAG